CUCCCGUUCACCACAUUGUUGUCACAUCUCGAAGCACGUUGCCAGUUCUUCGCACGUUGUGCAUUGACAGACAUAACUGUUCACAGAUAUAGAACACAGUCACAUUCACUCCUCAUUGUAGCGCAGUAAUGGAGGCCUCAGUGGGUUUAUCAAUGACCACUCGUAGUAUUCCUCCAGCAAACCAACCAAUCCCAUAAUCAACUGCAAUACAACCACAAUCAACAUGGCCACAUCAGUAAUACUGUUCAUGGUCAACUCAAUGCUCUUCUACGCUGGGUUUAUCUCCAAGACGUUUGCGACGACCACUGUGGAUGGGCCCAUCAUCCUGGGUACCAUAGUACUAUGCCUCAUGAUCCUCUGGACUAGCUUCCUCAUCUUCGAUGUUCGGCGUCGACCAAAUCCGCCAUCCACCCUACGAUCUCUCGGACUCCUUUGCCACAACAUCCCGGCAGCUUUCUUCUUGGGCACGGCUAUCGUUACUCAGCACGUCAAUGAUAAAGCUAUGUUCGUGUUCGGAGCUCUCAUGAUCUUUCGCUACUGGCGGACGCUGGUCAAUGUCUGGUAUUGGUUCCAGUACAAACCAGCGGUCGCCCCCACUGAUUUCAAGAUCACUUCAGCGGAUUGUACCGUCAUUGUGCCGACUGUGGGUCCUGUGGGAAACACAGUGUAUGAUCAGAUGGUGACCUCAAUUCUGAUGAACCACCCAGCUCGCCUCAUCUUUUCGACCAAUACCGACUCCGCCGCCGAGCAGGUCAAUGCCGCCCUCCCCCUCAUGUUGGCUGACAUCGCAGCAGGUCACACUGUUUACCAGAAGCAGCAUGGUAUCGGGCCUAUAGCUGUGACAACCGAUAUCAAAGUACUAAAUGCUCGCGUUUCAAAUAAGCGUCAACAAGUGGUCCACGGCUUCAAGGGCGUCGAGACAGAUAUUCUGAUCAUGGUCGAUGACACCGCUAUAUGGCAUCCUCGUUUCCUUGAAGCUACGCUUCCAGCCUUUGCUUCCGAGAAGGUAGGGUUUGUCGGUACUCGGAAGUGGGUAAAGCGCCUACCUCAUCCUUAUGACCCCAAAGCGAACUUUUUCGUAAGCUUAUGGAAGCAGUAUCAAGCCGGAUUCUGGAAUACCAUCGGUGGUCUCUAUCUUGUUCGCCACAACUUCGAAAUCCGCGCGACCAACGCUGCAGAUGGAGGAGUCUUCUGUGUUUCUGGCCGAUCAAGUCUUAUUCGGACCAGCAUCGUGAACAAUGAUCGCUUUACAGACGCUUUUCUUCACGAGUAUAUUCUCCACUUUGGCGACCACUUUCCUGGAUGGGGCCCUGUCACCGCCGACGAUGACAACUUCUUAACACGUUGGGUCAUCAACAACGGCUGGAACGUAAAGAUCCAGUGCUCGGAGGAAGCGACAAUGACUACGGUUCUAGGCCAGCUUCCUCUGAAAUUCCCUGAUCAGUGCAAGCGCUGGAGUCGCACCACCUUCCGCCAAAACCCGAUCGCUCUCUUUGUUGAUCGGACUGUUUGGUGGAAGUGGCCUCUAACGGUUUGGACGACAUACUUCCCGUGGAUGUAUAACGCGGCGCUCGUUUGGGACAGCCUCUCAGUAUACGCCUUUACUCAGACCAACCUGUACGCCGAGUCCUCUCGUCGUGUCUUUAUGCUUGGAGGCUUAGUCGCGUUCAUCUGGAUGACGAAGCUGGUGAAGACGAUCCCGUGGUUCUGGGCGUACCCUGUGGAUUUCUUCCUCUACUUUCUGCUCCCCGCGUACCCCCUCUUCACCUACUACCAUUCCUUACUCAAGAUCUGGACAGUAUUCACGUUCUGGGACUUGGCUUGGUCUGGCCGUAAGUUGCCCGCGCGAAAUCAGUAAUCGACUGAUGGGUUUGGCGUGAUGGUGUAGUUCAGGGACAUGCAUGUCCUCUUCCUUUCUUUCCUUUUGUAUUAUCUCUCCGUCUUUUUUCAUAUUCACGGUAAUAGAUCGCUGGCGUGUGACGGUUCUGACCUUGUCACAUAUAACCAUGUAGGUAGCACGUAUUCGUGGUACGAAUGAAAUAGUACAUUACAAACCUCAUACUAUCUAUUUUGACCAUACUGACAGAGAGUCCAACAGGUGAAAUCACAGAGGCAGUCUAUCAAUCGUGGAGAUGGUAACAGAUGAGAUGAAUUAGUG